CGUCAGUCAAAAUAAUUUUUGGUGUCGUCCAAAAAACAAACAAGCUGAAAAUUUCAGCCCGAUAUAAAUUUUAUUUUUGGGCAGGAGUUGUGCAAUAUUUGCUGAAUUAAGUUGAUAAGUGUUUAUAGUGUAUGAGAGAUACAUCUUAUAAUGUAAAAAGGGCAUAUUUGUCUAUUUCUUUUCCGUUGUGGACUUCGGUGCUUCCGUACGCUCGAAAAUAAACACAUCAACGCUCGGCCACCCAGCUCGCAUCCCUGUCCCUAAGGAAGCUAUCGGGGUACGACAGGAGCAUGCUGUUUCCAUUGAUCUUCCGGCACAUGGCCUCGCGUCUCGAAGCCGUCCUCAUCUGGUAACGACUGGACGACGUCGUUAAUCGCUCACACAGUUUUACCAGCAAGAACCUUGCUGCUCGUCUGUUUAUUGAUAAAGUGAUUGUGAUUUGCGCUGUUUAUGGGUCUGUGCCUGAUAAGAUAGUUAUCGGGCUGAUAUCAAAGUGCUGUGCUACCUGGACUGAAAGGUGAAAACAAAUCGGUUAAACGAAAACGAAACAGUCAAAAAGUGUCUACUUUUCAAAAUAAUAGCUAAACGAGAGCGCUGGUGUGGUUUGCUUUGCGAAAAGAAGCACUCUCAGGAAUGCGAACGGAUAGACGAGUGAAUAGUGUGUUCCGGACGCUGUACGGCGGGGGCCAUACCUAUGGCGAGGAUUUGUUCGGUCAGCGACUUGCCAACAGCUGCAAAGACAGUCUGGACUUCAUUCAGCGGUUGGACCUGUGGAAAACCCUAAAAGUACACAAAGGAUGCGUCAAUACAGUAUUCUGGAGCGACGAUGGCCAGUUAUUACUGUCCGGCUCCGACGAUCAGCACAUCGUCAUCAGCAGUCCGUUCACCGGACAGACCCUUUUUCAGCACAAGACAACACACAGGGCCAACAUCUUCAGUGCUCGGUUUCUGCCACAGAGUGGAAAUCGGGAAAUCGUGUCCUGCUCCGGCGAUGGUAUCGUGCUCUAUACGGAACUGAAGGACGUUGCCCUGGAACCCGCGGAAGCUCACGAACGUAACUUGAACUACUUCAACUGUCACAGCAAUGGGACGACGUACGAAGUGACUACGAUUCCAACAGAACCCAAGACCUUCAUGAGCUGCGGAGAGGACGGAACGGUGCGGUUAUUUGACCUGCGCAAGAUGACACGCUGCCUGAAGACGUGCUGUAAGGAUAACAUCCUUAUUUUGAGCCCUUCGGCUGUGACGGCCAUGAGCCUUUCACCGAUUUCCAUGAAUUACAUUGCACUGGGUAGUUCCGAUAGCAACGUUCGGAUCUAUGACCGGAGGUUCCUCAAAAUGGUAGACUGCAACUCACCUGGGUCGCCGAAUGAUCGCCACACGGUGCCGGUCAAGAUGUUCACUAAUCCAUCGAUCGAAAAACGUUCUUUCAGGGUGACUUCGGUCGCUUAUAGUCAGGACGAGUGUGAUUUGCUGGUCAACUACUCGUCCGAUCAUUUGUACCUGUUCGAUGUGACGAAGGAGGGCAUCGAAGUCACAACAGCACAGGCCUCGAGCAGUGCUGAAAAGGGUAAGCGGGGUUCGAAGACGCAGCAUAGUAUUGACAGUCCACCGCCGGUGCGUCGGUUGCGUUUGCGUGGCGAUUGGUCCGAUACCGGGCCGGAAGCACGUCCGGCCCGCGAGAUGGCAUCACGGGUAUUCGGGGCCGGCCAGGCUCGACCACAACUGCAGGCUACGAUCAUGCAUCGUAUGACCGAGGUUCUGUCACGAAUGUUGGCCGACCCCAGAACACGAAUCGGACUGACGCACACGAAUGAGCUAACCAACGAUAGCGAUUUGGCCAAUGUGGUGGAUGACUUCCGUAGUUUUGCUAGCAGUAGCAAUAGUGGGGUUGGGGGUGAAGACGUGGAACGACGGGAAGGUUCGGCAGAACCACAACCUUCGACGAGUGGUGCUCGACCCAGAUCACCGAGACAAGGCGUGGCAGAUUCGACACGGGUAGGGGAGAGCAGAGUACAGGAAGCAGAUGAUGAUGACGAUGAUGAUUACGAGGACGACCAAGGGGACGGGCAUAAACUAAACCAAAGAAAAAAGUCUGUUAGUAGACAGAAUUCUGCAUACGAAGCGGAACUGAAAGCACUGAAUGAUCUCGAAGCAAAGGUUUUAAACUACGAUUACGUACUAAGGAAGUUUGUGGGGCAUCGCAACGCAAGAACAAUGAUUAAGGAGGCGACCUUCUGGGGCAAUGACUAUAUCAUGUCCGGUUCAGACUGUGGCCAUGUAUUUACUUGGGAACGAGCAACUGGCAGGUUGGUAAUGCUCAUGGAAGCCGAUCAGCACGUGGUGAAUUGUGUUCAGCCACACCCGACGAUGCCGAUCCUGGCCACGUCUGGUAUCGAUUAUGAUAUCAAGGUGUGGCUACCGAUGGACGAAGAAAAGGUGCGGUUUGAUCAGGAGGCGGCAAAUGAUCUCAUGGAACGCAACGCGGUUAUGCUAGAGGAAACCAAAGAUACGAUUACGGUGCCGGCUUCGUUCAUGAUUCGGAUGCUGGCAUGCAUCCACUCACUGCGAAAUCGUCGGGGGCCGGCUGGCUCAGCGGCAGAAGCUUCGGCUGCCGACAACGGAGGAAAUAGCAAUAACGAUAAUAAUAACAAUAGUAACAAUAAUGAUAAUGGUAACAAUAACAGCAACAAUAGCAACAAUGGUCGUGACGAGAGUUCCGGAGAAGGAGACCGUAGCGGAAGUUCGGAGCACUUUCUGUAGCGCAGAGGAGAUGAGAGGUAAGUUGUUGAAAGUGUAUCCGGGCCGGAUCAAUCAUAGGCAGUUAUGAUGAACUUUAACCGGUUAUAAUUCUGAGAAUUCAUAAUUAUGCUACCACAAUUGUAAGAUGAAUAUAUAUGAACAGAAAAAAUA